CAAAACUUUUAUGACAACAUCAUCGGCCCCCCAUUCGUUUGUGCGUGUGUCUGCCCAUUGUCUUGUCACGCCGGCAUGCUCCAGUCCACCACAUAACAUGGACGACUUCCCAUGGGAACAGGUGGAUUCCGGCAAUCUGGAGAGUUUGCAGGUCGUUCUCUUUUCGAGUUCGACUGCUCGCAGAAUCCGUGCUCUCCAGGAGCUCCGCGAUAGAAUUGCUUCUACAUUGCCCUCUCAAAUCCGUCAGCCUGUCAUUGGCCUUCUAUUCACAACUUAUCCUCGCUAUGUCGACCGUCCUUCUCGUCAGGCCGUUCAGCAAUGCCUCCGCGAGCUGCUCAAGGCUCCGGUCCCGACCGAAGAUCUAAAAUAUUUCACCCAGAAAUUGCAGAAUGAGGCUACGAAACCACUGGCUCCCGGUCCGGCUUUGGUUCUUGUCGAAUGGUGCUCGAUUGUGCUACAAAUUGUGGCUGAAGAUCCCGCGGCGCCGCUUUCUGCCGCUCUGGACACGAUUGCGGUGGACGCCAGAGCUCUAGAUACUUGUCUGGCUGCUGCUGGUUCCAAGCUGGCUGUGAAAAUCUCCGCCCUUCGAGUCACUAGACGUGCGCUACGUGCAGUCUUUGGCUCCGCUACCUGGGGUGAGGAUGCAAUUCGUCAGUCUGUUCAGCGAUUGACCAGCGACGCUACCGCGGGUCAAAAGAAUGCACCUUUCCUUGGCGUCAUCUCCGGAGUCUGCGCUCGUCUUCCGACCAGGAAGCCGAUCCUGGAGGAGCAAAAGAAAGCCAUCAUCGCCUUCUACACCAAAGAACUAGUCGGUUCCAAGUCCGCUCCGCCUUCGCAUGUCGCCGAUGCAUUGGGUGACUUCUUCGUUGCGUUUGUUACCUACGAAGAUGUUGCGUCUGAGUUGACGCCGCCCUUUGAGAAGGCCAUGCUGCGGUCCCCCGAAGUGGUAUUCAGCGGCUUGCUUCCAUCUCUCUGCUCCUCCCUGCCAGAUGAUUUUGAUCUUGCGGAGCUUCUACAUACUCGACUCUUGAAGCAUUUGUUGUCGAGUAUGAAGUCAGCCAACCCCGCAAUCAGACAAGGCGCCGUCCGUUCCUUUGAGGCACUGCUUUCGAAGUCAAAGAGUGACACCCUUUUGCUCAAGGUCACCAGCGAAGUCGUUGGUCCUCUCAAGACUCAAAAAAUCACCAAUCCGGAACAACGUGCCGUGUACGCCCAAGCCAUUGCUGCUAUCCUGCCUUCCGUCGAUAUUUCAAAAGAAGUGGUCCAAGGUCUUGUCCCUGUUUUCUCGCGUGAAUCCAAUGAAGCCGCCUUGGAACAGGAAAUCAAAUCGUUCUGCAAGCAUCUGACAUUCCUUGUACACUCCAAGGUCAAGGUCAACGACGAUGUCGUCGGCGCAAUUGUGAAGGGGUCUUCCGACAAGCGCGUACCGUUCAAGAAGCUUUGGCAGCUCAAUGUCAGUGAGGUAUUCUGGCAGGUAGAAGCGUCGACCUUGGCAAGCGCUGAGGUUGAACCGCUCGUCAACAAGUAUCUGGGCAAAAUGAAAGAACUAUACAAUGAGGUCUUCUCCAACCCAAUGCCUUCUGCUCAAGGUGGAUCAUUGUCCACAGCUCAUAUUUACCUUGCCCUAUUGGAGCGCUCUUCUCCCCUCGCAAGCUUCGAUAAGGCAGCUUGGGACGAGACUAUCGCACAGGCGACGGUGCUCAACCCCAAGCCGUCAUUCUUGCUUAACCCCAAGGCAUAUUCUAAGCUGACUUCUCAAGCUGAGAUCCAGUGGGCUGUGAGAGCACUUACUGCAGUCACCACUAGCUCCAAGUUUGAUGGCGCCGAAGAUGCAGCUAAGACUGCAUGGGCCCAGGCUUUCAUUUACAGCAUCACUGCCCCUGCACUUCACACUAGCUUCCGUGAUGAAUCUGCUCGUGCACUGACAGAGGUAUACUUGAAGAGUGUGGCUGGCACCAGCCGGAUCAUCAUUAAUGGCUUAUGGGCUUGGAUUCUUGCUUUCAGAACAGGCGAGAAGGAAUCCGCGCCCAUCUCUGCGGGUCCCGAAAGCGAAAGACACCUUCAUCUCGUUCUAAAGGCCAUUUGCCCGCCCUCGUCUACCUUGCAAGCGGUGGAACACAACGCAGCCGAUCUGAAGAGCCAGCUUGUUGAUUUACUUCUCCUUUCUCGACCUGAAUUGAUCCCGAAUGCGUCUUGGAUCUCCCUGUGUCUCAGAACAGGUACCGAUCCGGGUGAUCUGGUGCGCGAGUUUGCAGAUGACUGUUUGAAGCAAUUGACCCGCGUGCAGGGGGAUCCCGUUCAGUCCAAAAUCCCUCGACUGAAUGCCGCUAUCUGGAGCGCGGCCGGCGAACUGAGCUUUGUAGCCCCGGAUGCUAUGGUACCUCGACUCGUCGCCCAAAUUCGGGAGGACUUGGAUGUGUCUCGUGUUUCCAAGUUCACUCCAACUGAUGUCGCCAUCGCACGCACACCUGAGGGAACUAUGUUCGUCGAUGUCCUUAGCACUAAAUCAAAGCCAGCCUUCGACAAGAACAACAAGGACUACAAUAUCCUCAAGUGGGAAGAAGAGCUACGUGUGCAAUUGGCGGAGAAGAAAGGCCAGAAGCCAAAGAAGCUUACUGCUGAUGAGCAGGCAAAGGUCAAAGCUCAGCUUGCCAAGGAGUCCAAGAUCCGUGAGGAGGUCCUUGAGGAAAUCAAGAAGAUCGAAAGGGGAACUGGAAUUAUCCAAGGUCUUGCUGGUGGCCCGGCAAUUGACGCAGAUGGCUGGAUUAACCCUGCUGUGAGCGCCUUGCUCGCAUUGGCAGAGGCUGGUGCAGGUUUGUUUGUCGGUGAUGUCGUUUCCAAGGCCUAUAUCAAGUGUGCAGAGAAGCUUUCUUCACGGCUUGGUCCGUUGCGGCCUUUCGUGGGUAUUGCAACUCUUCGCGCGAUCGGCCAGACACAUCUGCCUCCUGAUAUGGAAUCUGAGUCUCUUGGACAACUCGUAACCAGGAUUCUGUAUCGAUUGCGGUUCGCCUCUGAACAACGCCCUCUUGAUAUCUCGUCACUGGCAUACGUUCUUCCCUUGCUCUUCUUGAUCCUCGAUCGGAACGGCAUUGAGGAACAGAAGGGGGAAGAAGGCGAGCAAGUUCUCCUUGCCAUCGAAGUUUUGUCCUUCCAUUCAAGCUCUUUUACCGACGAACGCCUCCCUCGGGUUGAGGUUCUGAACCACUUGCUGUCAGCAAUGCAAAGGUACACUCAACACUAUAAGUUGAUCAAGGACACCCUUUUCGACUUCUGCCGGUAUAUUUCAUCCAAUAUCACUCAAGCCGAGCUGGAUGUUCUGUUGAAGGGCACAAUUGUCUCUGAGGUGUCUGUUCGUACAUCUGUGCUGCAAGUCAUCGAAGCUGAAAUCGAUUUGACCGAUCUCGAUUUCUCGGAGCACAUCUGGCUAGAAUGCCAUGAUCAUGUAGAAGAAAAUGCAGAAAUCGCUGAGAAUAUCUGGGAAGAAAACGCGCUGGAGGUUGAUGACUCCUCAUAUGGAAAGAUCAUUCCCUAUCUCGCCUCGAAGGAUUCGCAUCUCCGCGGUGCUGCUGCUCGCGCCUUGGCCCAUGCUAUUGAGUCAAACCCAUCUAUCUUCGAUGAGAUCGUUUCGGAGCUGCAGUCGAAGUAUUCAAUCGAGAUCCAGCCCAAGGUCCCUGAGAAGGACAGCUACGGAAUGCCCAAGAAGAUGGACUUGACCGACCAUUGGGAGUUCCGCAGUGGUAUAGCCCUCGCGCUCGGUGCUAUGACAAAUUUAUAUGAGGGCGAGCAGAUUGUUGAGUUCCUGCGCUUCCUGAUUGAGAGGGGUCCAUUGAUUGACAAGAGCUCCGUGGUGAGAUCCCAGAUGGCGGAGAGUGGUCGAUCCGUCAUCGCCGCACGUGGCCAGCAGGUUGUGGAGGAGUUGAUGAAACUUCUGGAAACUACAUUGGAAACAUCCGACAAGGGGAGCGAGACUUCUGACUUGCUCAAUGAGGCUGUGGUUGUUCUGUACGGAUCCUUGGCCCAGCAUCUUAAAGCAGACGACCCUCGUCUACAGAUUGUCCUUAAGAAACUUUUGGGCACUCUGCCUACGCCUUCGGAAAGCGUGCAGUCUGCAGUUUCUGGGUGCUUGCCACCCCUCAUCCGACUUUGCGGCCCCCAGCAGAGCGGACAGUAUGUCAAGGAUAUGCUGGAUCAACUUUUACAGUCUAAGAAGUAUGCUACUCAACGUGGUGCAGCCUAUGGUCUCGCUGGUAUUGUCAGUGGCCGGGGUAUCUCCACGCUGCGCGAAUUCCAGGUCAUGGCUCAUCUACAGGAUGCUUCGGAGAACAGAAAGGAGCCCCAUCAGAGACAGGGUGCUUUAUUGGCAUAUGAACUGUUCGCGACCAUUCUUGGUCGAACAUUCGAGCCAUAUGUUAUUCGGAUUGUCCCUCAACUCCUUGCUAGCUUCGGAGAUGUGAACGCAGACGUCCGUGAUGCCUGCCUCGAUGCAGCUAAGGCCUGCUUCUCGAACCUCAGCUCGUAUGGUGUCAAGCAGAUUCUUCCGACUCUUCUUGAUGGUCUCGAUGACACGCAGUGGCGUAGUCAGAAGGGAGCUUGUGAUCUUCUGGGUGCUAUGGCUUAUUUGGAUCCCCAGCAGCUGGCGGCCAGUCUGCCUGACAUUAUCCCCCCGCUAACAGUUGUCUUAAAUGACACGCACAAGGAGGUGCGUAAUGCAGCCAACUGCAGCUUGCAGCGCUUCGGUGAAGUUAUCAGCAAUCCUGAAGUCAAGAGCCUGGUCAACGUACUCCUCAAGGCGCUGAGUGACCCCACUAAAUACACUGACGAAGCUCUCGACUCGCUCAUCAAGGUGUCUUUCAUUCAUUAUCUGGAUGCUCCUUCCUUGGCUCUCGUCGUUCGUAUCCUCGAGCGCGGUCUCGGCGACAGGUCGAAUACGAAACGCAAAUCUGCCCAGAUUAUUGGCAGUUUGGCUCAUCUUACGGAGCGCAAAGACCUCAUCUCUCACCUACCGAUCAUCGUUUCCGGUUUGCAGCUGGCUAUUGUUGAUCCUGUACCCACUACCCGUGCUACAGCUUCCAAAGCCCUUGGAUCGCUCAUUGAAAAGCUUGGAGAAGAUGCCCUUCCCGAUCUCAUUCCCAAUCUCAUGGCUACGCUCAAAUCUGAUACCGGCGCUGGCGAUAGGCUGGGAUCCGCUCAAGCUCUUUCGGAGGUGCUCGCAGGCUUGGGUACUACCAGACUGGAGGAGACGCUGCCUACCAUUUUGCAGAAUGUCAGCAGCUCGAAGCCAUCUGUUCGCGAAGGCUUUAUGACCCUCUUCAUCUUCCUUCCCGCUUGCUUUGGAAACAGCUUCGCUUCCUAUCUUAGCAAGAUCAUCCCCCCAAUCCUUUCUGGUUUGGCUGACGACGUCGAAUCUAUUCGUGAGGUCUCGCUCAAGGCUGGUCGCUUGUUGGUCAAGAACUUCUCCUCCAAGGCCAUUGACCUGCUUCUUCCGGAGCUUGAACGUGGUCUUGCGGACGAUAGCUACCGUAUCAGGUUGAGUUCCGUUGAGCUGGUUGGUGACCUUCUUUUCAGUAUCACUGGUAUCACAGCCCGGGCCGAUGCAGAAGAGGAAGAGGAAGAGGCCGCCCAAGCUGGCCAGUCGCUUCUCGAAGUUCUCGGAGAGGAGAGAAGGAACAAGGUCUUGUCUGCGCUCUUCAUCUGUCGCUGCGAUACUUCCGGUCUUGUCAAGAGCGCCGCUAUGGGUGUCUGGAAGUCACUUGUCGCUUCGCCCAAGACCCUCAAGGAUAUGGUGCCCACUCUAUCUCAGCUCAUCAUCCGCCGCCUUGGCUCUUCUAACAUGGAGCACAAAGUCAUCGCUAGCAACGCUCUGGGAGACCUUAUCAAGAAGGCCGGAGAGUCUGUUCUCGCGACUUUGCUUCCUACCCUCGAGGAAGGUCUUCAGUCAUCUCCCGAUGUGGAUGUGAGACAGGGUAUCUGCAUUGCUUUGAGAGAGCUUAUCACCUCUGCUUCUCCUGAGGCUCUUGAGGACUACGAGAAGGUUCUCAUCUCGACUGUCCGGGUGGCCUUGGUUGAUAAUGAUGAGGAUGUGCGUGAGGCUGCCGCCGAAGCAUUUGACGCUUUACAACAGAUUCUUGGCAAGAGGGCCGUCGAUCAGGUCCUUCCUCAUCUCUUGCUUCUGUUGAGGAACAGCGACGAGGCAGAGCAGGCACUGUCAGCCCUCCUGACACUACUCACUGAGCAGACGCGAGCCAACAUUAUCCUGCCGAACCUCAUCCCCACUCUUCUCACCUCUCCGAUCUCAGCAUUCAAUGCCCGGGCUCUCGCCUCCCUCGCGGAAGUGGCAAGCAGCGCUAUGACACGUAGACUGCCUACGAUUCUCAACUCCCUGAUGGAUAAUAUCGUGUCUACUACCGACGAGGAGCUUCGACAAGAGCUCAGCAGUGCUUUUGAUACCAUCUUGGUGUCUGUUGACGAGAAUGACGGUCUCAAUGUGAUGGUGAAUGCCAUGAUGACUCUUCUGAAGCACGACGACCACGUCCGUCGCGCUACUGCUGCGGUUCAUCUCAAGAAUUUCUUCGCGAAUGCUGAAAUCGACUAUUCCAGAUACCAUCAAGACUUGAUCCGGGUCUUGCUCAUUUCUUUCGAUGACGGCGACAAGGAUGUUGUGAAGGCCGCAUGGGCAGCACAGAGCGAGCUUACAUCUCAUCUGCGCAAGGAAGAGAUGGAGGUUCUUACGAUCCCCACGCGACAGGCGUUACGUUCUGUGGGCGUUCCUGGCGCCAACCUUCCAGGUUUCAGCCUCCCCAAGGGUAUUACCGCUGUUCUGCCGAUCUUCUUGCAAGGUCUCUUGAACGGAAGCGUCGAGCAGCGUACUCAAGCCGCUCUUGCCAUCAGCGAUAUCAUUGAUCGCACUGGUGCGGACUCUCUGAAGAUGUUCGUCACGCAAAUCACGGGUCCUCUUAUCCGUGUCGUGUCUGAGCGGUCGGUGGAUAUCAAAUGUUCCAUCUUCUUCACUCUUAACAAACUCCUGGAGAAAAUUCCGUUGGCUGUCAAGCCAUUCUUGCCCCAACUUCAACGGACGUUCGCCCGUGGUCUGGCCGACUCUACUAGCGAGACUUUGCGCAACAGGGCCGCCAAGGGUCUUGGAAUCCUGAUCACUUUGACUCCUAGGGUCGACCCUCUUAUUGCGGAACUCGUUACUGGAACCAAGACACCCGACGUUGGAGUGAGAAAUGCAAUGAUGAAGGCACUUCAAGAGGUUGUCGGCAAGGCCGGCGCCAACAUGAGUGAAGCUUCGAAGAAUGCUAUUCUGGCCCUGAUCGAUGACGAAGCCAGCGAUCAGACUGACGCUGUAGCUAUCACCAAUGCCAAGCUUCUGGGUGCUUUGGUCAAGGUGCUUCCACCAGCCACAGCAGGCCCACUCAUCAAGAACAGAGUCCUGACAGCCAAUGUCUCUCAUUCUUCGAUUUUGGGUCUUAAUGCUCUGCUUGUCGAGGCGCCUUCCGCAUUGACUGAGCAUUUUGCCACUGAGACGCAGGCUGUCAUCUGCCAAGGUGUCACCAACAAGGAUCCCUUUAUUUCCGACAACAGCGUCUUGGCUGCAGGUAAAUAUCUGCUUAUUGAGGAUGAGCAUCGCAACUUCGAAGUCAGCAAAGCCAUUUUUGAAGCGUUGGCGCCUUGCAUUCAGCCUGGUGGGCCCUCCGAUACCCGGAGAUUGGCUUUGGUGGUCCUGCGGACCGUCAGCCGACUUCAUCCGGAGUUGACUCGGCCGCACCUGGCUCUCCUUGCGCCCCCCAUCUUCGGCAGUGUGCGCGACAUGGUCAUCCCUGUGAAGUUGGCGGCGGAGGCUGCCUUCCUCGCGAUCUUCUCUGUGGUAGAGUCUGAAAGUGCCGUAUUCGACAAGUACAUGGCUGGCCCUGGGGCUGAGCUUCCGCCGGGCCCCAAGCGGAGCAUGUCUGACUACUUUAAGCGUGUUGCCUUGCGUCUUGCCAGCCAGGCCCGAGAGCGAAAGGAGGCGGAGGGUGGACAGGGUGGGCUAGGCCUGUCCAAUGAUGAGGUUGAUGACGAGAAGGAAGUGUGGAGCAUUGGCAAGGUCGAUCUUGGAGAGGGGACGUUUGGUGAUGAUUGAUGGUAGGAUGAUGUUGUGAAGUAGACUUGAUCUAGCAGUGGCAUGAAUUAGAUUUAUACCCUUGUAUCGGGGGUUGAGGUUGAUUCUGAUGGGGAAGCCUUGGAGGAAAGAAGGAGAAGGUUUUAGGAAUGUUUUAUGUUUAUAGGAAUGUCAUAUGUUAUUG